GGCCGCCUCGCACUCGCCGCCCAACCCCAGCAUGGCCACCUCGUCCGCCGCGCUACAGCUCACCCGACAGCUCAACCAGCUCCGCAAGCACCCUGUCGAGGGCUUCUCGGCCGGGCUCGUCGACGACGACAACGUGUUCGAGUGGGAGAUCACCAUCUUUGGGCUGUACCACUCACACAGCCCGCCCGACACGCUGUACGAGGGCGGCUUCUUCCGCGCGCUGCUGUCGUUCCCGCCCGACUUUCCCCUGCGCCCGCCCAAGAUGAAGUUCCUCACCGAGAUGUGGCACCCCAACAUCUACAAGAACGGCGAGCUGUGCAUCUCGAUCCUGCACGAGCCGGGCGUCGACCAGUACGGGUACGAGGACGCGAGCGAGCGGUGGUUGCCCGUGCACACGGUCGAGUCGAUCCUCAUCUCGGUCAUCUCGCUCCUGUCGCAAGAGACGCCCGACAUCAACUCGCCCGCCAACGUUGACGCGGCGAAGGAGGUGCGCGAAGACCCGCAGGGCUACCGCAAGAAGGUGCGGCGGCUCGUGCGCCGCUCGGCCGAGGAGGGCUUCUGAGUCCUCCCCCUCCCUGUCUCUCUCGUCGUUCCUCGUCCUCGUCCUCCCCCUACUCGCUGCUUUGCCUCUCAGCCCCCGACCUCUCUCUCUCUCUCUCGCUCUCGAGAGUCCGCGUGCAACCCCCGUCGUCGUCGUCCCCCCUUGUGGUUGUAACUUGCCGCCGCGCGUUUUGCCCUCGUUCGACUCGCGGGGUCCUCUUUCUCGUCCGCGCCCUUGGUCGAGUCGGUCGUCGUAACGUUGUCGUCGCC